UGGCUCGGACACAGCGGCUACAGCGGAGGCGGAGGAACGACGACGCGUUUCCCAAACUACCAGCAGACUUUUCCAAACUGGGGGAUUUCAUCCUUUUUUUUUUUUUCGCUUACAAGAGAAGGGUUUGGAUAUAUCGUUUUGAAAGGAAUAAGGUGUUUUUGCCGUGUAAAGGGGGGGCGGCUGCUUCCAGGUUCCCCAUGCCCUCUCCUGUCACCUCUGCUUGGCCUGCCGAGCCCACGGUCGGACCUCCUCUGGGCUGCAGCUGAAGCGGGACGUCAGAAGCUGGACGUGGUGGUGUCAGAGCCAGCGGUGGUGGAGGUGGGUCGUCACAGGGCCCAGAACCCCCGAUAGCAGGCGGAGAAAGGCCUGCGUUGUUCCGCCUCCUGCCACUCGAGAUGAACAGACUGAGCUUCCAUAACAACAAAACAAUGCAGGACCGCCGCUGUGUCUGUGUCUUUUUGCCCAAUGAUGACACUCUCAAUAUCAUCGUCAAUGUGAAGACUCUUUGCCAGGAACUGUUGGUCCAGGUUUGCGAUCUCCUCCGGCUGAAGGACUGUCACCUGUUUGGGCUCAGCGUCAUUCAGAAUAAUGAACACAUCUACAUGGAGUUAGACCAGAAGCUGUCCAAGUACUGCCCCAAAGAGUGGAAGAGAGAAGCCAGUAAGGGUAUCGACCAGUUUGGGCCUCCGAUGAUCAUUCACUUCAGAGCUCAGUAUUAUGUGGAGAACGGGAGAUUAAUCAGUGACCGGGUAGCCAGGUAUUACUACUACUGGCACCUGAGGAAACAGGUGCUGCUCUCACAGUGCAUCCAAAGAGAGGAGGCCUACUUCCUCCUGGCAGCCUUCGCACUCCAGGCCGACCUCGGGAAUUUCAAACGCAACAAGCACUUUGGGAAGUACUUUGAACCAGAGGCCUACUUCCCCCAAUGGGUGAUAGCCAAGCGUGGCCGGGAGUACAUCCUGAGGCACAUCCCCAACAUGCACAAGGACCAGUUUGCACUCACCGCCUCAGAGGCGCACCUCAAGUACAUAAAGGAGUGCGCUCAGCUUGACGACGUCACGGUGCACUACUACAGGCUGUACAAGGAUAAGAAAGAAGUUGAGGCGUCUCUCACACUGGGUCUGACCUUACGUGGAAUCCAGAUAUUUCAGAACGUCGGCUCGGUCAGGCAGCUUUUGUACGACUUCCCCUGGACCAACGUGGGCAAACUCGUUUUUGUGGGGAAAAAGUUUGAGAUCCUCCCCGACGGUCUGCCCUCGGCCCGGAAGCUCAUCUACUACACGGGCUGCCCGCUGCGCUCCCGCCACCUGCUGCAGCUGCUCAGCAACAGCCACCGGCUCUACAUGAACCUGCAGCCCGUCCUCAAGCAGGUCCGUCGGCUGGAGGAAAACGAAGAGAAGAAGCAGUACCGGGAGUCGUACAUCAGCGACGCCCUGGAGCUGGACAUGGAGCAGCUGGACAAGCGUUCCCGCGCCAGCGGCAGCAGCGUCGGCAGCGUGUCCCACCACAAGCGCCUCUCCCGCCACUCCACCACCAGCCACGGCAGCUCGCACACGUCCGGCAUCGAGACGGACAGCUUCAGGGCCCCGGGUCAGGCCCCUCACCGGCCCCUGCGCACCUGCAGCUCCUCCACCACCAGCCACGGCAGCUCCCACACCUCAGGCAUCGAGAGCAGCGGCAAAGAGCGCAUCCUGGAUGACGACGCAGAGAUCGAGAUGCUGGUUGACGACCCCAAAGACUACGAGGAGCUUCACGAGAUGGCUCUGGAUCAGGAGCUGUGCAUCCACAUCACCGAGGACAUGCUGACGAUGUCACCAGACCAGACCAACGGAUAUUCAGGUUUGAUAGUAAAAGACAUCAGCUCCUCCACUUCCAGCUCCUCGGAGACCGUCGUCAAGAUGAGAGGACAGAGCAUCGAGUCGCUGCCUCAGACGACUACGAGCCGGAAGCCUCAGUCCUCCACGGACCGCCACAGCCAAUCGCUGGACGACAUCCGGCUCUACCAGAAGGACUGCCAGCAGUGGGCGGAGCUUUGCCAGGACACCGCCCACAGCUACACGUUUGGCUGCGCCCAGGAGCUGAACGACGGCGAGGGACAGCAAGGACAGUCGGAGCAGCGCGCCGGCGCACUCGGCGAGCCGCAGCCCUUCCCCAUCAAGCGGACGAACAAGUACUUCUCCCUGGACCUGACCAACGACGAGGUGCCCGAGUUUGUGGUGUGAUGGUAGCGGACGAGGGCGGCGGGUUUGCUAACGGUUAGACAGCGAUAAGAAAGCUCGUCCACUUCCUGAGACUGACCUGCAGGCAAGGAGGAUUCUGGGUGACAAGAGACAUGUUGACAGAACAAAUGGCUGAACGGAGUUUGUUUUUGCUCAAAGGAAACAAAAGGGAUCCUUCUAUCUUUAUUUUUUUGUUUCAGUCGCUUUUUGAAGCCAUGCUAAGACUGGAGGUAAAAAAAGACAAGCAGGCCUGUUUGUAAAUAAAUAGAUGGACGUCUUCUGGGCUACGAGCCAAACACAAAAAGUGGAAUUAAACUAGAACGCCUGAUUCUACGUCCACCGUUCCUCCGGCGCGACGAACCAGAGCUACGAUCAUCUUCUUCUUCACGUAAACUAAACCGAUGUGAACACACCACCGCCGUGCCUUGGCAACACUAUGCAGGUGUCGAACGCUCGCCUUGACAAUCACAGCCCUCUCCCAACGUUCAAGCCAUGAAGAUUGAAGGUUCUGCAAUCUCUUAAACCUCUCAUCCACAUUUACGUGAGCGAAUCGAGCUCGCUCUGUAGCUUUUUAGACGGUUUCACGACGUUUCUCUAUUCGUCCUGUGAAAUUUAGCCGAGGUUCCCGGCAGGAGUGAGCCUGAGAACUCCUACAUGAUCCAACAUGCAGUCGAGUUUUGUGGCCAAAAUAUGAUUCUGUGUGGAGUCAAAAGUGGAGCUAUCAGCCAAAACAACCCAUGCAUGUUGAUGCUUUAUGUCUUUCUUUUGUUUUUUACACUUCUAGCCGUCUAUCAGUGCUGGUUUUUUAUCUUUUGUUUGUUUUUUUUAAAUGGAUUCUGUUUUGUUGUUUUUAUUUCACAUCCUCCUCCAACCAAAAAAAACCAAACAUUUUUUAGAUGUAUUUUUACAUUAAAAAAAAUAUAGUGUAUGUUUAGAUAUUAUCCUGUGCGUGGCUGCUGUCAUUCAGUAUUACAAACAAAUCUCGGUGGCAGUGUUAAGGAUGUGGAGCUACUAACCAGACUAACUGGUUUCAUCUGGUUUAGUCAUUUCAGUCUCCCAGUAAGAGUCCAGACGGCCUGAGGACGUGGCCAUACAGGCGGUCAGGUGUUCCAGCCGACAUGUUGAUACUGCAGAUGACGUGGAUAGACAUGGAGCUCUGUUACGGAUCAGAAGAACAAAUGCAACAGCGUGGCAGGUUAGGCUUCAGUUUAAUAGUUUCUUAGUUUUAAAUGCGACAGAACGCAAUUUGAGUCUUGAAACGUUACACAAAAAAAGGGAUUUAUUCGAAAUAGAAGGCAGAACAAUCAACACCGAGUUGUGUUGUUAUAUAAGGCAACAUUUCUGAGAUGCAAUACUUGAGCAAGACGAACAAAACCACAGUCAUUAGCAGGCAUGGGUCAGUGAGAGGUUCGCACUGUAAGAUUAGAAACCAAGGUUUAACUUUUCUUACACUUAUAUGUUAAACAUGAACAUCUUAUAUUUUAACAGAAAAGCAACAUUUAUGCCAAAAUAUGUGGAGAUUUUUGCAGCUUUAACUGUUAUUUGCAACAUGAUUUAAUGCUGUUUUGAUGAGCAGACAAAGGGAAGUGAGAUCCUAUCGGUAGUUAUCUCAUCUUACCUUGGCAUCUUCGUUUCAUACAAGUCUGGAUCAUGCUAACUGCUAGCCGCAUGGACACCUAAGGCCAAAGCGGAUUUCUAUACAAACUCUAGUCUCAAAAAAUUUUAUGUAAACUCUAUUUUACAAGCCUUUAAGUCGCUGUCAUGUUUAUAUCGGUUGGUCAUUUACUCAGGAAAUUGAGGUUGGAGACGGUGCGUCACCAGUAAUAUUCCUGUGUGAAACGUAAACGGACAGUGAAACAUGUAAAGCAACUUCCAGUCAGAGUAGCUUAGGGACAUUAUUUAAUUCAUAUUUAUGCCACUUUGCUUUUUAUCACUCUGUUACUCAGACCAUGAACACUUUAUGUUCUCUUCUUUGUACGUUUCACAGAGGAAGAUUAUUGUUGACGCACUGCUUCCCAGCCUCUGUUUCCUUUGUAAAUAAUAAUCUGCUUCUUCUGUUAACAAGCAGCCAUUACAACCUGAGAAUGGUUUUAAUCUUUAUAAUCACUGUUGGUCUUUUUUUACUGGAGUUACUUCGAGCCAGUAGAAGUUAGCUUUAGCUUAGCACAAUGAACUAGCCGUUAGCUUCAGCCUCUGGGACCAACAGAUCUGGAUUUAUCACAACCCUGCGAUCCAUUAGUUUCAGAAGUCAGAGUGGAGAGGGACUUUACAUCGAAGUUUAGUUAGUUUUAGUCACAAGUUCCAAAACAGUGAGAUUUGUGAGGUUUUUUAGUGUCAACUUCUCUUAACACACAACAAUAACUAUGUAUUUCUCCCUUUUUUAAAUUUAAUAUGCUCACCAAUUGUGGUUUCACAACACUGAAUGCCACCGUAAAUAUAAUAUAUUACAUGAGACUAGUUUUCAAUUUAUAACUUUCAGUAUGGUCUAUAUAUGUGACGGCCAUACUGGAUGCUAAAUUGGUAGAUCAUCAAACAGGAAAGGAAGAAUUCUCACUUCCUGUUCUGCAGAAAUAUUUAAACCGCUUCUAACCGUUGGACAGAAUUUCACUUUAAAAAAAAUUCUAACUCCCUAUAAGCAAAUAUACAGAACAACGCUCACUGAAACUUUACGUUGGACAAAAUAUUGGUCUUUUUUGUCUACCGUAGUUUUAUAACAGUGUUAGAAGCUGAAGAUUGUGGUCUGGGUAUUUAUUUCCAACUGUUAAUUUUAACUUUCUUGGAAGUAAGGGACACAUGUUGCAGCUUUCUUUAAGCCAGUUGACCAACAAUGCACAGCAAUAGGUGGGGGAGGGGCAGCAUUCUUUUAAUUGUGUGCUUCAAGGAGCCAAUUCUACCUGGCAUUGCAAUAAAAGGAGUUUAACCAUUGUAACAAUGCAAUAUAAACAUUUGGAACCUCCAUCUGACCCAUGCGUGGACCGCGCUAACCUUUGAACCCUAGCGUUGGCGGCAGGAAACACUUAGCCAGCCACUAACGUCUUCCUAUCAGCUCUUUGCUGCUCCUUGUGGCUGUUUUCCCUCUCUGCAUAUUUUCGAAACUUCAAUUUUGGAUCACAAGCCUGUUUUUCUGUUUUUUACACUGACGUCGUCAACACAAAGUUUUGGCAACAUUAGAAGAGUUAUUUAAAGUUUUCCAUAGAGGAGCUGAAGCUGUCACAGGCUCCGCCCACUAAUCCCAUGUUAGCAUAAAAAUAUGCUCAGGAACUGACAGGACCAAGUGCGUUCAUAAGGCUUCGCUCACAUGUUUUGUCUUUAAUGGUUUCAUUGGUUCACUUGUCUUAAAUCUAAAAACUUUUCUAUUCUAAAUACAACUUAGUAAAUGUGCUCAUUUAGUCAGGUUGGAUGUUCUGGUUAUUUUUAGCCUGUAUGCUAAGAUAUGCUAACAAACACAUUUAGCUCUCAGUCUGAAAGUGCUCUCAAAGUUCUGGUGUGCGUCAUGAACUUAUUUCUUAAAUAAUAACUGUUACACAUAUAUCACAACUUUAUUAUUUUUAAGAUUCUGUUUUGGUUGGCUGAUGUUUAAGAUCCACAUGGUUGCCUUAAGUGUCAGCAAUAAAUCCUCACAUUUAAUUAGCAAUAUAGUAUCCACCUUAUUCCUGGGAGAAGGUGCUGUGCAACGGUUAUGGGUCUUACUUCCGGCGCCCACCGGAAGCAGCGGUGUCUGCUGUCAGACAGCUGCUCACUACAGAGGAGCGCAAUUAUGACUUUGACCACGAACACAAGCGUAGAGGCGACCACAGCCGCUGUGCGCUCCAGACAGUAAUACGGAGAAGCUCCCCACUGGGCUAGAACCGGCCCACACAUGAACCGGUUAGAGUCUUUCCGGUGGAAAAUCACCUUAAGAUGCCCUCGCGGAGUUCCGGUAGCCGUUGCUCCGGUCGUGACUGCACUCUAAAUAAUUAGACCAAAUUGAAUUUGUGACUACUUUUGAACGUGCUCCAGAAACAAAAACAACACUCCAUGCCUACCGACAGAGGAGGAAACAAAAAGAAUGUGGCUUAAAAAAGUAUAAACUUUGACAAAGAACCCAAAAUGGUUUAUCUGUGCUCGUUUCAUUUUGUUGACAAAAAGCCAACGGAAGAAAACCCGCAUCUGCAUUCGGAGCAACGAGUCAGUGAAGCAGCUACAUAUGCUACUGUGGGUUAUUUGCGGCCACUUCUUUAAGUCACCAUCCCUCCCGGGGCUAGGAGUAAGGUGGAUAGUCGCGCUUCUCUCUGCAGCUUUAUCAGGUCAGUUUUAAGUAUUAGAAUCUCUAGAACAAAAUACUUUCUUUAAAUUGAUAAUGCUAUGAAAUUUUAAUGAAUUUCUCUGUGUCUUCCUGUGGUUUUACAACAGCUGUUCAUUAAUCGAAGGUGUCAAAGUCAUUUUUUGAUCAGCAGCGAGACUUUAUUUUUUUUCUUCAUUGAACUUAAAUGUUUAGGUACACAGCCAUGUAGGCAUAACCCUGUCAUUGAGAGGUUUCAUCAUUUCAUUGUGAUUUACUUCUCUGGCUUUAGUAAAUGGUCCUACUUACGCUUUGUAAGAGUCUGUGUGUCCCGUAAUCCUUUCUGUGAAAGGAUCUUCCUGCAGGAAAAGAAGAGUUGUUGUUUUUUUUUGUCACCCUACUGUUAAAAAAUAAUUUGUAAUAAUGGAUCUGCUCUGUGCCUUUUUGGUACUAAUGUUCCUCACAUCUAAUAAACAGGUACAUGUAUCUUA